AUGAAUACUAUGGAUCUUGCGGUAAUUACAGAAUGGACUCCUACCUCAACUGCAACUUCAACAACUCUAUCCACCAUUGCUGCAACUUAUGCCCCAGCUUUACAAUCAAAAAUAUCCGGUGCCGUCCAUACAUUAACAUCUAAGGGAUCGACCAUUGCAAAUAUGGAUUACAUUAGUGCCUCCCGAAUAAUCCGUGGUGCUCAGGCAUCAUUAUCAAUCAUUUCUGCUGAGCACGUACUCGAAACUGCCACUGCCACCGAUGUACAAGCACAAGCAACACAGAUCAUCUGGCAAGCAACCGAGAAUCUUUUAGAUUUAGCAUGGGAAGAAAAUGUUUACGAUAUACCUCGAUUAAAUCGUACGGCUAAUAUAUUAUUUUUAGUGUUAUUUGCUAUAACAUUUGCCAUUGCUUGUUUAAUGUGGAUUAAAUCCCGAUAUUGGUGGUUUAACGUGGCUUGGACUUGUGGUACGGCAUUAGAAUUUCUCGGAUAUUUGGGUCGAGUGUUGUCUUUUAGUGAUAUGAAAAAGUUUGAUUACUAUCUUUUACAAUUGAUUGCCCUUACAUUAUCCCCAGUUUUCCUAAUGGCAGGGAUUUAUUUCCUAUUUGGUCAAUUAGUAGUUAUUCAUGGUCGGCAAUAUUCAUGGUUAAAACCACUUCAUUAUUCAUAUAUUUUCAUUACUUGUGAUGUGGUUUCAUUAGUGAUUCAAGCAGUUGGAGGUGGUAUGACUGCAAUUGCUGCUCAAGAGUACGAUGAUGUUGACCCAGGAACUUAUACCAUGAUUGCUGGUAUCGCCUUCCAAGUGUUUUCCAUGUCGGUGUUUUUAUUAUGUUGGCUUGUCUUUUGUUGGAAUAUCUAUUUCCGUGACAUAUCAGUCAACGAAAGCAAACCAAGUCCAUACCAAAAGAAAUCUUUUAUGACAUUUAUUAAAUUGUUACUAAAUGGUGAUGAUGCCAAUAUGUACAAGUUAAAAGUGUUGGAUAAAUAUUACAACCUGAGUUACAAAGAUUUACGAAGACGUCCAUUGUACAAUUACUACGCUAUAGCUAUUACAUUAGCAGUGAUUGCAGUUUAUAUUCGUUGUAUUUACAGGGUUGUUGAAUUGGCACAAGGGUUUUCCGGUUAUUUAAUUACUCAUGAAGUGUAUAUAAUGACAUUGGAUGCAGCAAUGAUUGGUAUUUGUUGUAUAAUCUUCAUACUUUUCCAUCCACAAGUUGUAAUGGGAUCAAGUAAUGUUGUUGGACUCAGAAGUAUUGCGAAAAACAAAGACCAAGAAACAGGGGACAAAAGUUAUGAAGAAAAAACUAAUAAUGAUAUUGUUAGUGACAAUGAAGAAUCGACGUUGCAAGGUCAAAAUAUUGUUAGGGGUGAUCCUAUUCAAGAGAAUAAGGAAUGA